CUGACAUGCCCCUCCUUCUCGCGGGAAUCGUUGCACGGGUCGCCGGCUCGCAGUGGCCACAUCGAGCUCCGACUCAGAUUGGCUGCCAAGGCCUCGUUGCCUGAUUCGGCCUGGACAAUCUCUCGCACAUGUCACGCUGCUGCGUCCAAUCAUCGCGCUGCUGCGUCCAAUCACCGCGCUGCUGCGGCCACGUCCUGACUGCAAACCCUCUGUGGCUCCGUUGCUGCCCAUGUCACCUUGACGAGCCUCGAUGGCCAAGAUCCAGCCGGGGCUUGAACGCAUUUCAGCCCUCCUGAAGGAUGCAGCCUACCCGUGGAAGUCUAUUCACGUGGCAGGCACCAACGGCAAAGGCUCGGUUUGCCACUAUGCCUCGUCCAUGCUGGUCGGCAGGAGCGUCAAUGUUGGAAAGUUCACAUCGCCUCAUCUAGUGGACAGGUGGGAUUGCAUCACCGUCAACGGCAAGCCCGUGCCCGAGACAAAGUUUCGCAUCGUCGAGAAGCAUGUUCUUGGAGUAGACAAGAAGCUCAGCAUCGGCGCCUCCCCCUUUGAGAUUCUGACUGCUGUGGCCUUUACCUGCUUUCACGAUGCAAAGGUCGAGGUCGGUGUUGUCGAAGUCGGCAUGGGCGGCAAGCUCGACUCUACCAACAUACUCAACAACCAAGCUGUGUCGGUCAUUACCAAGAUCGCUCGAGACCACCAAGACUUCCUUGGGAAUACUCUGUCGGAGAUUGCUGCUCACAAAGCCGGCAUCCUAAGGCCAGACGUUCCUUACAUCAUCAACUCUGCAAACGAGGCCAACGUUCAGUCCGUCAUAGACGACUACGCACGGUCAAUCGGAGCGGGCCCUCGCCUCGUAUCGACCAGCUGGGAGCUCCAGAAGAGGCUGUACGAUGCCAGCAAAUGGCAGCGUUUGACGUCAACUUUGCUGCCAUUUCAGCAGGAGAACCUCAAGCUGGCCGUGGUUGCAGUCAUGCACGUCUUGGAGACCCUGGCGAAGAGGCCAGAAAACACCCCAAACUCCAGCAGGCCAGAAAACACCCCAAACUCCAGCAGCCCCAAACACAUGAAGCCAAAAGACAAGAGCCCAAAACCUUUAGAGCUUGCAAAAACUCUAUUGCUCAACGCAAAGCAGCACCACGCAGGACGCCAAGAAUUUGUGCAUGCGACACCGGUUUUCAAGGAGGCCUCUCAGAGGAAGAACCAUGUUCUGGUAGACGGUGCCCACAACCCAGAUGCCGCAGAAACGCUCAACGAGUUUGUGCAUAGCCAUCUGAGGUUCGGACAGUCCCCCACCUCGGAGCGACCGGCGAAUGGGUGGCCCGUCACGUGGGUACUCGCAAUGACUGCAGGCAAAGACGCCCAUCGCUAUCUCGCGACGAUUCUCAAACCGGGAGACAAGGUCGUCACUACAACCUUUGGCCCAGUUGAUGGCAUGCCAUGGGUGAAACCGAUGGAUCCCAGAGAGCUGCUGGAGGCUGCCAAGUCUGUUGAGCCAACAAUCACUGGCGUGCAUGUCCCUGUCCUUGGCGCGUUGCGGGCUCUGUGCACUGCGAAAUACAUGUCAAACCAGAUCGCGCCUUGGGCUCCGAUUGCGCUGACUGGCAGUCUGUAUCUUGUCGGCGACCUCCAUCGCGAACUGCGGCCCAGAGCUUCCAAAACAUGGUGGACGGACACGACUACGGCCGCGAAGGCUGACAGGGAAGCCUAUUUGGCAAUUCAGGCUGCAGAACGGGAGCGCGUAAGGGCUGCCUUAAAGCCCGGGGCAAAUGCACGUGGUGACUCCGCUGCUGAGGAGCGGGCGAAACUGCAAGCGGAGCUUGAGGCGCUGGACUUCGAAUUCCAAGGACUGGAGAUUGAAGAAAUGCGUCUCCUGAAAAACCAGACCACAACAUUGGGCUUGACCGACGAUGGAACGGCCCUGAGCGCAGGGGAACGUCUCGAGCUUGAAGACCGGCGGUUCGCGGAACGCCACUCGACUCCAGAACAGCUCGCCGCCUAUCUCGAACGGGCCGAGAAAGCUAAAGCCGCUCUUGCUCGCCAGAACGCCUGGAUGGAGUCUCAAAAGAAAGCCCGGGAGGAGAAAUUGGAGAAGCGCCUUGUCCGGAGGCAGCGUCUCGAAGACCGACGAGAAAGGAAGACAAACAAGAGAAAGCUCGUGAAACAAGAGAAGGAACGGCGAAGAGAUGGGGCCCUGGGACUCGGAGAAGAAGCGUUGCCAAACUGGCUCCACGCAAGGCGGCAAAGUGAUCUCCAAUUCGGUACACAGCGUAGGAUCGCCAUCGGAGAUCCUGACCGGCCGUCCAGUAGUUCCACCCCGUCUACGCUCCCCGACACAAUGGCAUCGAAGCCCACGUCGCAAGAUACCGAGCCCGACAAAAUGACAUCGAAGCCCACGUCACGAGUUAAUGAGCCCGGAGACGCGAUCUCCUUCCAUAUCGAAGGAAACAAAGUCCUCUCUUUCCCCAGAGCCAGAGCUAGAGCACGCGCUGGCCUGACGACACGCGCCAUGGGGUCCAACCUGGCCAACCGAGACACCAGUAGCAAAGCAGAACUCACCACCAUCAUACCCGCGCGCCAGCCGGAGCCGCAAGACGCCCUCUCCUCCCUCAGCACGCCUGAUGCAGCGACAUCCUCCCAGGCCGAGCGCCGCCGCCGCCAGAGCGCCCGCCUACCCCACCCGGGGCCGCGCGCGGAGGGGCCGAACAUCGUCAUGCACUACGCGCACGUGUCGAACCUGCGGACGAGGGGCCAGGGGCCACCGCGCGAGGAAGAUCGGGUCCAGACGUGGCCGCUGGCGACUGGGACGCAGGAGGGGCAUCGCACGCCUGUGAAGUAUUAUCGGCAUGAUCUCCCUGAUGAGCGAGAGGGUGAGGGGAGAUGAGCGGGGGGGUGUGUAUACGAUAGCAUGCGGUUGCAUUGUGUGUGGAGUUUGGAGGAUGGGGACUCUGUACUUUUAGGCCUUGUUUGCAUCGCGUCCAUGUGAGGUGUUGAUCUGAACACUGUGUUAUCCUGCUUUUCGAGUGUCUCUGUCGUCCCUUAUCUUUACACGUCUAGUCUCCGCGAUACAAUGGACAGAUAGGCGUGAGAUGUGUCAACUGUCUAUACUUUGUCCAACAAACACGAGUCAUCAUG